CACAGUGACUCUGAGCCAGACCUUGUCUGAGGCAUGAGUUCAGAUUUUUACUGGCGUGUUAGCUCUGGAACGAAAUGCUCCCAUUCCAUUAAUCUUAUCAUCUAAGUUCUGGAACAUUCCGUUUUCCUUUUCCUGGAUGAAGGAUUACCCCUUUAAGAGAAGCUCCUCCCUGUUCCAAUGACACUUCUGCACACAGAAACAUACAAAGUGCCCAGCAUUUUCUCUUUCAGACUUUGAAGAAGACUAGGGGUUUAGACACAGAGAAGAAAGGAAGACAAAUAAAAGGCCACCAUGAAGAGGAAAGUGGCCGUCAUUGGGGCUGGUGUCAGUGGUCUGGCUGCCAUCAGGAGCUGUCUGGAAGAGGGACUGGAGCCCACGUGCUUUGAGAGGAGUGAUGAUGUUGGGGGCCUGUGGAAAUUUUCAGACCACACAGAAGAGGGCAGGGCCAGCAUUUACCAAUCGGUCUUCACCAACUCUUCCAAAGAAAUGAUGUGUUUCCCAGACUUCCCCUAUCCCGAUGACUUUCCUAACUUCAUGCAUAACAGCAAGCUCCAAGAAUAUAUCACUUCAUUUGCCACAGAAAAGAACCUUCUAAAAUACAUACAGUUUGAGACACUUGUAACCAGAAUCAAUAAAUGUCCUGAUUUCUCAACCACUGGCAAAUGGGAAGUUACCACUGAAAAGAACAGUAAAAAGGAAACAGCUGUCUUUGAUGCUGUAAUGAUUUGUUCUGGGCACCAUGUAUAUCCCCAUCUACCAAAAGACUCCUUUCCAGGUCUGAACCGUUUCAAAGGCAAAUGCUUCCACAGCAGGGACUAUAAGGAGCCAGGAACAUGGAAAGGAAAACGAGUCCUGGUGAUUGGCCUGGGGAACUCAGGUUGUGACAUCGCUGCGGAACUCAGUCACGUGGCUCAGCAGGUCAUCAUAAGCUCCAGAAGUGGUUCUUGGGUGAUGAGCCGGGUCUGGAAUGAUGGCUACCCUUGGGACAUGGUGGUGAUCACACGAUUUCAAACAUUUCUCAAGAACAACUUACCCACAGCCAUUUCUGACUGGUGGUAUAUGAAGCAGAUGAACGCAAGAUUCAAGCAUGAAAACUACGGGUUGAUGCCUUUAAAUGGAACACUCAGGAAGGAGCCUGUGUUCAAUGAUGAGCUUCCAGCCCGCAUCCUGUGUGGCACUGUGUCCAUCAAGCCUAAUGUGAAGGAGUUCACAGAGACCUCCGCUGUGUUCGAGGAUGGGACUGUGUUUGAGGGCAUUGACUGUGUCAUCUUCGCCACAGGCUAUGGUUAUGCCUACCCCUUCCUGGAUGACAGCAUCAUCAAAAGCAGAAAUAAUGAGGUCACCUUGUACAAAGGCAUCUUCCCUCCUCAACUAGAGAAACCAACCAUGGCAGUGAUUGGCCUUGUCCAGUCCCUGGGUGCUGCCAUCCCCACAACCGACCUGCAGGCACGCUGGGCAGCACAAGUAAUAAGAGGAACUUGCAUUUUGCCUUCUGUAAACGACAUGAUGGAUGAUAUUGACGAGAAAAUGGGGAAGAAGCUUAAAUGGUUUGGCAACAGCACCACCAUUCAGACAGAUUACAUUGUUUAUAUGGAUGAAUUGGCCUCCUUCAUCGGAGCAAAGCCCAAUAUCCUAUGGCUGUUUCUCAAGGACCCCAGGUUGGCCAUAGAAGUGUUCUUUGGCCCUUGCAGCCCCUACCAGUUCCGGCUGGUAGGCCCAGGGAAGUGGUCAGGAGCCAGGAACGCCAUCCUAACCCAGUGGGACCGGUCACUGAAGCCUAUGAAGACCCGUGACGUCGGUGGUAUUCAGAAACCUUGCUUGUAUUCCCAUUUUCUCAGGCUCCUGGCUGUUCCAGUGCUCAUUGCUUUGUUCCUUGUGUUGAUCUGAUUGAGAUUCCCUCUAGAAUGUCUGCGAGUCACCGACAAUAACCAGACAAGAACUUUGCUAUUUAAAAAUUAAGGUUUUCAUACCUCUCCCUUUCCUGUUCAAGAUCAUUUGCCAGAACUCUAGACAUUUAUUAGUAAGCAAGACAAUGUUUUGCUCUGGCCUUGUAAAUAAGUCACCUUUCAGAAUCAUGCUGACCCGCAGUGAGCAUAAGUCAUUUCUCCUUAAGUUCCACUAACACAAGAAAGAUGAUCAAGAAAUUGAAGCUUGGAAUGGCAACUCGUGUCUAUAAUCCUAGCAUAUAGGAACAUGGGGAGUUGAGGCUAAACGAUUUCAAAUUUAACCCUGACUCAGAAACAACAAAAAUCUAUGUCAUACCUAAAGGGAGUAGGAAAAGGACUAAGCUUAAUGCUAUCCGGGAGAAACUAAAUGUGUGACACCUGGAGCAGUGACAACAAUAACAACAGCAAACACACUAUCACUUGUAACAAGAAUGGUAUUUUUAUGGACAACUUGAAUCAUCUCCUGAAAGUGUUGAACAGGAUUCCAUUUCUCUUUUAAACAAUGCUUAAAAGAUAUACUUCAGAUCCAGACAGGGAAUAAAGUACAGCAUUUAGAAUAUGAUCUUCUCUGGCUGCUUUUAUAAACUAUCUGUGAGGCUGAGCAGAGAGUUCAGCUAUGACAUUCUAUUUUUAUUUUGUUCCUAAUGUGCCAACCAUUAUCGCUUGCUCCCUAGCAACGCAGUAUAGAAAUCUGACCCACACUGAAAGUUCGCACACAUCGGCUCAUUUCACUGACAAGAAAAUCAGCAGAACAAGAAAAGAAACUCUCCAACACAGAGCAAAUGCAUAAUGGCAGUGAUGAGUAACGUAUGUGCCUUUGAGUUGCUACAGAAGGCAUUUUAGAAAGUGGGAUUUCUUAGUGCUGGGAGCAAUGUCCUCUAGGGGGUCCCAAGAUGUACUAUUGGAGGUGACGAUACGUUCCAGAGGUGGGUUCCAGUUGGCAGUCCUCGGAUUAUUCGAUGGAGCAGGCCCUUGGUUUCUUCUCUCUGGUCCUGGUUUAGUAUGCAGUGACAUUUGCUAGUUCUCCCCUGUGCUCCCACUGUUCUGUCUACCACACACAGGGACACAACAAGGAGCUCAGCCAGUGCCAGUGACUCAGGUGUCAAACUGUGAAGUGCCUUAGGCAGUUCAUCACAGCAACAAAAAAAUCUAAGACAAUUAUUUUUCAGGAAUCUCGAGGCCGACAGAUCAGAAAAUGACUGCCAUUCAAAGGCCAGUUCAUUGUUCACACAGAUACCCCUGGGAAAGUCUUAGAAACUCAGAAAGAGAAAUUCAACAGCAUGCUUCCAAAUCACCUAUAUAUCACAGAAAGAAAAAGAAAGAUAAAACAUGUGUAUCUUGAUGCAAACAAAGCAAAGUGUAUGCAAUAUAGCAAAAGCAGUCUCGAGAUAGAAAUUUAUUGUGAUAAAUUCUGGGUAGGGACAAGAAAAGAUGAUCAAGAAAUUGAAGCUCGGAAUGGCAACUCGUGUCUAUAAUCCUAGCAUAUAGGAACAUGGGGAGUUGAGGCUAAACGAUUUCAAAUUUAACCCUGACUCAGAAACAACAAAAAUCUACGUCAUACCUAAAGGGAGUAGGAAAAGGACUAAGCUUAAUGCUAUCCGGGAGAAACUAAAUGUGUGACACCUGGAGCAGAGAAAUCAACAGGCCAAGACAUGAAGUUUUAAAGGGAUAGAUCAAGUUGGGUCUGGCCUUUCAGUUAGACAAGCUGGGAUGGAAAAGAGAGUAAGGAAACAAUAUGUUUAAGUAAGAUCCAAACCAAAAGGAAAUAUUAGCGGUAACAGCAUGCUUCUAAGAACUCUAAGAGACUACUAGGAAUAAUUACAGAUCAACAGGUAGGAGAAUCUAAAAGAAGUGGAUAAAUCCCACAUAAACAUACUUCCACCCAUUAAUAAAUAGGAAAGGGGGGGAAAAAGAACAGCAAAUAACAAAUAAAGAGAUUAAACUGGUAAUGAAAGAAAGUCCUGAACCAGAGGGGGCUCAUUGCUGAGUUCUCCCAAGUAUUUGAGGAAUUAAUACCAAUUUUUCUCAGGCUCUUCUAGAAAUAUCAAAGUAAAAGAAAUGUUUCCAAACUGGUUUUCCUGGGAAAGGAGUAUACUGGCAACAAAGUUGAACAAGACAUUUCAAGAAAAAAAAAGGAAGGAAGGAAAGAAGGAAAGAUAGAAAGAAAGAAAGAGAAAGAGAGAGAGAGAAAGAGAGAGAGAGAGAGAGAGGAAGAAAACUAAAACAACAAUAACAACAGCAAACACACUAUCACUGGCAAACACAGAUGCAAAACUCAUCAACGAAAUGUUAGCAAACCGAAUUCAAGAGCACAUUAAGUAUCUACGGAGAGUGGUGCAUGCCUUUAAUCCCAGCACUUUGAAGGUCGAAACAAAGUACUGAGAGUUUGAGGCUACCCUGAACCACAGAGCUAGACCCUGGUUUUGUUGUUGUUGUGGUUGCUCUUGUUGUUUGGGGAAGAGAUUCAAAGCGAUUAAAAGCACUUGUUGCUCUUGAAGAGGACCUAAGUUCAGUACCUAGAACACACGUGAUAGCUUACAAGAGCAUGCCAUUCAUUUCCAGGGUAUCCUGCAGAGUUUCUUCUUGCCUCUGCAUGUAUGUGGUGCACAUACAAACAUGCAGGCAAAACAUACAAAAUAUAAACAAACAAAAAAUAAAUGUUUUAAAAAGAAGAAUAGAGUUCAUGGGCCAGUGAGAUGGCUCUGUGGGUAAGGAUGUUUGCCACCAAGUCUGAUUGCCUAAGUUCAAUUCCCAGACCCCACAUGAUGGAAGGAAAAAAGCCAUUCUUGGGCCUUCACAUACACUCCAUAGCACUAUGCAUGUGUACACAUAUACACACAAAACAAAUAACAUGCAAAAAUAAGAAAUUCAAAAUGAAAGCAUAAGCUUUACCCCUGUGAUGCAAGGAAUGUUCAGCAUAUGCAAAUCAAUAAACAUGAUACAUCACAUUGAAAGGUUGACGUAUAAAAACCAUGCAACCCUGUCAGAUAGAAAAAUACAUUUGACAAUAUUCAAUGUCCUCACUCAAUAAAAACCUCAAUAUACUAUGAAGAGGGAAUGUACCUCAGUACAAUGAAAGCCACAGGUGACAAGCCCACAACUACCACACACAGUGGUGGGGCAUAAGGCUUCCUCACAUAUCAGGGGCAAGGAUGUCUGCUCUCAGUGCUUUUCAACAUGCUAGUAUAUGUCAGAGUUGCAGCCAUUAUGCGAGGAAGUGAACAGUUGCAGGGUAGGAACACCUGCAAUUGUCUUUAUUUUUGCACCACGGGAUCUUAUACAUAUAAAAUCCUGAAGACUCCACCAAAAACCAGUGAGAAGUGAUAAAUUCAGUAAAAUAGCAAAAUAUAAAAGCAACAGAUGAAAAUCAGUAUUGUCUCUCUGUUAUAGUAAAGUGUUCAUAAAAGAAAUUAAGUGCUCUGGGGUAUCAAACUAGGAAACUUUUGCAAAACAAAAGAAACAAUUACAGUUAUGAGUCAACCCAAAGAACAGUAAAAAGAAAAAAAAACUGCAAGACACCCAUCCAAUAAAGAAAUAACACCCAAAUUACAUAAAGAACACAGCUCAAUGACAAGAAAGUAAAUGACCCAUUUGAAGAUGGAAAGAGUCUCACACAGACAUUUCUCAAGAUGAAACUUUUAAAUGGCCAAUGAACAUAAAUCAUAAGUGGAAAGUAAUAAGAAUCCCAGCAUCACUAACUAUAAAGGAAGGUGUAUAAAAAAUUGUGCCACCUCAUACCUGGUUUUUUAAAAAAAAAAAAAGGUACAAUAAUGUUUUGGAGAAAAUGUGGUGAAAUGGGUAAAACAAGAGAUUAAAUUUUAAAUGCCUCACCACAAAAGAUGCAUAAAUGCAGUGGUGUAUCAAUUAGUUUGAUCAUGUUACAUUACAUCUGUGUAGCCAGCCAUCGCCACUUGGCCCCACAAAUGUAGACAGACAAUUGUGAUUGACAGGUAGGAACAGAGAGAGGGAGCAAGCGAAGGAGGGAAAUGAAAGCAUGUGAUUAAUGCAACAACCAGAUAUACCACCUACAGGGUAGGAUGGGGGUGGAGAAGCUGGAGUCAGACUGUACAAGAGGAAAGAGAAGCUGAACGGCAAUUGUCAAGACGAGGCAGCGGAGCUCCUGGGCACCCAACCUCGGGUGGAGGCUACCAGGCAGCAACCGCAGCUGCCUGUGCAGAUCCUCGGGCACUGGCUGUGCCAAGCUAGAUUCUUAGUACAAAUUUGUCUGACCUUAAAUACAAUUACUUGUUCUGCCCUC